AUGAAAUAGUGGGAGAAGCAAUAAAGUUAAAAACUCUAUGAAAAACGAAUUCAACAUGCAAAAGCACAAGUGCCUGUUUCAAAUAAGAAAAAAUCAACUAAAGUCAAUGAAUCAAUGAACUCUAUGAAUUCAUCUAUUUCAGGAUUCACACUCAAAGAAAAAGAAGACAAAGAAUCUAUUCCUCUAUACAAAUUGUUAAAAUUGUAUCAUUUAUAAUAAUAUGCUCAAUAACUAAUAACAAGAGGAUAUGGAUAUGAUUUAGUUAAAUUUGCAAUGCUUUCAGACAAUUAAAUUUAAUCUCUCUUCACAGAUAUCAAAGUAUUACCAGGUCAUAAAGUCAAACUCUUAGAUCUAAUAGCAUAUAUUAAAGAAAUGAUAACUCCUUUAAAUUAAUCUAAAUUUCGAAACACUAGUUAUACAAAAAAAAAUAGUAAAAUCAUAACUCAAUAAAAACCUAAAACAAGUCAAACACAAAGAAUACGACCACAAUAAUUUUAACAAUAAUAAUUAUAAUAACAAUAAUAACAAAUAUAAGCUAUUAACAAUAAAAAGCAAAUGAAAAUUACAAAUAUAGGUAUUGAUUUUUUCUAAGAUGAGAGUGAUUAUGAAGAUGAAUUUAAUUAAGCCUUAAAUUAAAUUAUGGAAAAAUAUAAAGGAGAUACAACCACAAUUAUUAAUUCAAAUAAUCAAACUCUCUAAAAUCAAUAUAGUAAACCAAUAUUAACAAAAACUAAUAAUUUUUUAUAAACUACAACAGGACCUAUUCUAACUGAUAGUAGUAGAACUCAUACAAAGCCAAAAGCUAAAGAUGAUAUCAUUUUGGUCAGCAAAUUUCAAGAUGAUAAAUUGAUUACUGAAGUUAAGUAAAACAAGUAAUGUAUAAACUUAUUAUUUUAGGUUGAUAAGUAAUUUAGAAAAGCAAUUAAAUUAGAAAAAAAGAAAAAGAAAUUUUGAAGAAGAUGAAAAUUUGCCAGAUUUACAAAUGUCCUAAAUUCGACAUAUGUAUUUAUCUUAUGAUACUGGAAAAUUGACUUCAACACUUGUGAAUUUGGAUAUUGAGGAAAUGAGUAAUUGUUUGGCUUGGGCUAUACUUAAACAUAUACAGUUUAGUAAAAGAAUUAAUUAUUCUACAAUGAAAAAUUCAAGCAUUCCUUUUUCUAUGGAUUUCAGAUUUAGAGGAACUGGCAUGAAUUUAUAAGAUAAUUCCCAAAAUCCUAUUGAAGAACCAACUCAAUUACAUCUCGAUAGUGAAUAAUAACAGUAACAAUAGAUAGGAUUAUUCUAAUCUUAAUAAAUAACUAAAUUAGAUAAAACGAAUUUAAGUAGCAAAUAAAAUAAGACCUUGGCCUAAAUAAGUGAAAAAACCUUAAGCAAAGAUGAAAAUGAUUUCGAUGUUAAGAGGCAGGAAAUAUAAGAAAUUUUGAAGGAAAGCUACCUUCAUUAAGAAUAAUUUGGAAAUGAAUAAAAUGAUGAUUAUUCACAAAAUGAAUAAGAUUAUGAUGUUUGUUCAGAAGAAGAAGAAAUUGAAAAUGAAAAUUAAAUCAUUGAAAUGUAAUAAAAUGAGUCUGACUCCUUUAGUCCUAUUAAACCUAAAUAUAUAUAGCCUUAGUAACAAUAAUUGGUUAAAGUAAAUAAUAUUUCUGAAGAAUCUUUAUAACACAUUGAGGAUUCUUAAAAAAUAUACAAUUAUUCUCAAAGUAUCCCUUAUUAAGAUUAAUAAUCCUUAUUCUAAUCUAAAUUUGAUUUCAUAGAAAUGGAAGAUGAUGACAAAGAGCUUAGGCUCUAAUACUAAAAAACUUAUUUUGAUGUUAAUUCUGAGUAAGUUAUACCAACAGCUGAAGUUGUAAGUAACUAUUGUAAAAAUAUUAUAAUAACCUCAAAAAUGGAAAAGGAAGUUACUAUCCUUUGUCUAGUUUAUAUAGAAAGAUUAUUAACAUUAGCUAAUGUAAGUUUAGAACCACAAACCUGGAGAAGAGUAGUCUUAAUAUCAUUAGUAUUUAUCUUGAUUCUAACUCUAGAUUAUUGCAUCUAAGAUAUGGGAUGAUGAAUCCUUUGAAAAUGACAAUUUUGCUAAAGUAUUUCCUCAAUAUCGAACAAAAGAUAUUAAUGAGAUGGAAAGAAUAUUUUUAAUGCUAUUGGAUUAUAGACUAUAAGUUUAUCCAGCUGAAUAUGCAAAAUAUUAUUUUAUUUUGAGAAUGUAUACAGAAAGCAAAAAAAGAAGUUUUCCUUUGAGACCAUUAGAUUUAAAUACUAUCAUGAAACUCCAAAAAUAAUCCAAUCAAGCAGAAUAUGGAUUGAAAUAAAAGUAUGCAUAGAGUUUAAAUAAAUCCUUUUGA